AGGUCCUCAAGACCCUCUCGAGACAUUGACAGUAUCGCCUGAACCAUCAUCAGACAAUGACCAAGGAUUUCUCGCUCAAUUGCUCGGUGGAGGCAUGUCGUCAACGUCAAUGGCAUCUUCAACGUUCACCUCCAUCUCAUCUUCUUCCGACCCUUCGUCUUCCACGAGCACCACGAUAGUGAUCUCGGCCUCAGUCGAUAUCGCAUCGUCGCCCUCAACCAGCUCAUCAGCGAUCAAUGCGCAAGCCGGCUCAUCAUCGUCGAGCGUUCAAGGCAUCACCAGACCUCCGGGUUCCACGCCAGGUCUCGUUUCCACCGGGUCUUCGUCAGCAUUCUCCGCGAGUGUGUCCAGCACAGAUGCCCCCGAACCGGACUUUGCCCCUAGUCUCUCAUCAUCGUCAACUUCAACAACUGUUGAUGGAGGGCUUCUUGGCAGCCUGCUUGGCACGCCCACAUCGACGUCGGCGACUUCUUCCUUGGCUUCAGCUUCGGUCCCCACUUUUGGCCCCGUCUCUUCUGUACCUGCCUUUGGCGCUGCCUCACCAUCGAGCUCUUCAUCCUUUUCAAUCGUCUCGAGCUCGGCCAUCGCGUCAAGCACGAGUGAUGCAGGGUUCCUCGGCGGUUUCCCCGGAGGGGCCGAGUCUUCGACCACGGCUUCGUCCUCGCCAUCUGCCAUGAUGUCGAGUGCCACGCCCACAUCUACAGGUGGUGGUCUUCUAGGAGACAUACUCGGUGGCGAAACGUCUUCCAGUUCGUCCGCACCCCCCGAAUCCAAUACGCCCAUCCUCGACACACCCACAUCGACCGCUGUUAGCCUUCUCGGAAAUCUUUCCAGUACAUCCUCACUCCCGACAUUCACAUCAACUGCCGAUGCGGCAGGCGCUGUGCCCAGCGGUGCGUCAACGCCCGGCAGUCAACUCGUCAUGAGAAGUUCGACCUUUGGAUCGUUCCCCGUGACUACAAGUGAGUGCAAGGAUUCAAGCUUGAAGCAAGCAAAACUUUCAAGUCAAUUCCCAUUAUGUGUCUCUCUUUCUUUGCCUCUUUCUUCAAACGCGUCAAGUCGGGUGCACCAGCACGAAGAUCAGAAGCACCAGUUGACCUUUGCUUCCCUCGGGUCGCAUCAUCGACGAAGUUGGCGUCUGCCUGUGCUGUUUGCCAAUGCCGCUUCUCUCCCUACACCUGCACCGCGAGAUCGGAUAUCCUAUUGGAUAUCAGAUCCGCUGCCUACUCCUUCCUCUAUCCUGCCCCCGGAAAUUCACAGGAGGCAACAGCCAGGCGAAGGUGUGCCUUCCUCACAGGGACAAGGCCAAGGUCAAGAUGUCACAUCGUCCCAUGAUCAAGGACAAGGACAAGGUCAAGAGCAAACGUCCAGUGCUGCCCUGCAGGUCCAAAGUUCCGACCCCCCUGUCCCUUCCCCCUCUAUUGAAUCCAUCCCUCCUGCCAUCGUCUCCACUUCCACUUCCAAUCACGUUCCCCCUGCAUCUUCUCUUGAUCCCGGUCCAUUUCCUAUCCCAUCACGGAAGGAGUCCUCAGCCACCGGGCCAGAGUCGACCUCUGAUGUCCCCUCCAUGGCUCCUUCCUCUUCAAUGUGGAUGCAGACGAGCACGUCAGCGAGCGUCAUAGCAAGCCUCGAAGCUUCAAAUGAUCCGGGCUUUUGGGCCCAGAGCAGUUCAGCUGCGCUCAGCUCCGCGGAAUCACCGCUGGCUUCUGCCUCUACUUCUGCUUCCAUCUUCACCACUUCCAAUAGCGUCGGCGAUCAAUCUUUACCGCUUGGCAUUUCAACGUCUGGUUUACUUUCUGAGCAAGUCUCAAGCGUGAUCAGUUCGGUGGUCGUCUCCCCAUUUCCUUGGGGACAGCCGUCGGCCGGGGCGUCCAGCGCAUUGUCCAGCGCGAUGUCAAGCUUGGCGUCGCGCGUGACGUCCUCAAGCUUUGUCACCUUCAGUGAAGAGUCCGUGGCGGCUUCAAGUGUAAUCUUCUCCGCCUCGGCGGCAGUGUCUUUGAGCGUGCUCCCCUCAACCUCCGCGACAGUGCCUUCGAGUGUUGUCUCGUCUGCCUCGGCGGCAGUGCCUUCAAAUAUUAUGCCCUCAAGCCUGGCAAGCUUUAGCACAUCGCAAGAGCCCUCCAGCGCUUCUCAGGCGCUUUACACCAUCUCGGUGGCUGCCUCGUCGGCGGGCCCAUCGAGUGAGCUCAGGAACUCGUCGGUCGAGGCUGUCAUCAGCUCGCUGGUCCUCCCCUCUCCUGUUGUUCCAUCCUCUACAAGUCUUGUCAGCAUUUCUCCUUCAUCCCAUCUUGAAGUGUCCCAACCGUUCAGCGGUUUCAACACAUUUCAAACUUCCACUUCGUUAUCCACGUUGAAUCAAGAAGUGUCAAGUGCUUAUGUCAUUUCCUCAGCUGCGCCGAGCGUACCUACCUCGUCCGAGCCACCCACUUCAGUCGGCGGAUUCAGCGGUGAGCUGGCGGCAUGCGGAAUAGAUGCCAACAGCUAACAUCCGCAGUGAUAUCCUCUGAGGCUGCUCAGCCAACAUCAGAAGGUGCUGCUCAGCCGAGUCCCUCAGAC